UACAUUUUUCAGUCACUGCUGUUCCGGCAAACCUGAAGCUGACUGUCUGCGGAGGGAGUGGACGAGGGCUCCCCGCUGACGCUCGUCUUCACAUUUUCCUUGACUUUUUCCAUUUCUAAGUGGCUUUUACUCUCCAGGAUCCGAGUGGACGGACUUUCUGUGUUGACAAGGAUCAGGAAGCUGUGUCGGCCGCGGUUUGAGAAAGGAACAUGGCUUCCCAGGCUGAUCUGAUGGAGCUAGACAUGGUCAUGGAGCCAGACCGUAAGGCGGCAGUCAGUCACUGGCAGCAACAGUCUUACCUGGAUUCAGGCAUCCAUUCAGGGGCCACCACAACUGCUCCCUCCCUCAGUGGGAAGGGCAACCCAGAGGAAGAGGAUGUCGACAACCAGGUCAUGUAUGAGUGGGAGCAGGGCUUCAACCAGAACUUCUCCCAGGAACAAGUACAAGACAUAGAUGGUCAGUAUGCCAUGACGCGUGCACAGCGGGUGCGUGCAGCAAUGUUCCCAGAGACUCUUGAGGAGGGCAUGCAGAUUCCCUCUACACAGUAUGAUGCAGCAAACCCCACCAACGUUCAGAGGCUGGCAGAGCCCUCGCAAAUGCUCAAACAUGCUGUGGUCAAUCUAAUCAACUACCAAGAUGACGCUGAGCUGGCAACCAGAGCCAUACCAGAACUCACCAAACUACUCAAUGAUGAGGAUCAGGUUGUAGUAAACAAAGCAGCAGUGAUGGUCCACCAGCUUUCAAAGAAAGAAGCUUCUCGCCACGCCAUCAUGCGCUCCCCUCAGAUGGUGUCUGCUAUUGUCAGGACCAUGCAGAACACAAAUGAUGUGGAGACAGCUCGCUGCACCGCAGGAACACUCCACAACCUGUCCCAUCACAGAGAGGGUCUGCUGGCUAUUUUCAAGUCUGGCGGAAUACCAGCUCUAGUUAAAAUGCUUGGUUCACCAGUGGACUCUGUCCUAUUCUAUGCCAUUACCACCCUCCACAACCUCCUUCUGCACCAGGAAGGUGCCAAGAUGGCUGUCCGUUUAGCUGGCGGUCUACAGAAAAUGGUGGCUCUGCUCAACAAGACCAACGUCAAGUUCCUGGCCAUCACCACUGACUGUCUCCAGAUACUGGCCUAUGGAAACCAGGAAAGCAAGUUGAUUAUCUUGGCCAGUGGUGGCCCCCAGGCAUUGGUCAACAUCAUGAGGACUUACACCUAUGAGAAACUAUUGUGGACCACAAGCCGUGUUCUCAAAGUUCUGUCCGUCUGCUCCAGUAACAAGCCUGCCAUUGUAGAAGCUGGAGGCAUGCAGGCUCUGGGACUCCACCUGACAGACCCCAGCCAGAGACUGGUCCAGAACUGUCUCUGGACUCUCAGGAACUUGUCAGAUGCUGCCACCAAACAGGAGGGAAUGGAAGGUCUGCUAGGAACUCUGGUCCAGCUGCUCGGUAGUGACGACAUUAAUGUGGUGACUUGUGCUGCUGGCAUCCUGUCUAACUUGACCUGUAACAACUACAAGAACAAGAUGAUGGUCUGCCAGGUUGGAGGUAUUGAGGCGUUGGUUCGCACAGUGCUUCGGGCCGGAGACAGAGAAGACAUCACAGAACCUGCUAUCUGUGCCCUGCGUCACCUCACAUCUCGACACCAGGACGCUGAGAUGGCACAGAAUGCUGUCAGACUGCACUACGGCCUGCCCGUGGUCGUCAAAUUACUGCAUCCGCCAUCACACUGGCCACUCAUUAAGGCUACAGUCGGUCUGAUCCGUAACCUGGCUCUGUGCCCUGCAAACCACGCUCCUCUGAGGGAGCAGGGAGCCAUCCCCAGACUGGUUCAGCUGCUGGUCAGAGCGCACCAAGACACACAGAGACGUACCAGCAUGGGAGGCACGCAGCAGCAGUUUGUGGAGGGAGUUCGUAUGGAGGAGAUUGUGGAGGGCUGCACAGGAGCACUUCACAUCCUGGCCAGAGAUGUCCACAACAGAAUAGUCAUCAGAGGACUCAACACCAUUCCACUGUUUGUACAGCUGUUGUAUUCUCCCAUUGAGAACAUCCAGCGUGUAGCAGCAGGCGUCCUGUGUGAGCUUGCCCAGGAUAAAGAGGCUGCUGAGGCCAUCGAGGCUGAGGGAGCCACUGCCCCUCUCACAGAGCUAUUGCACAGCCGCAAUGAAGGAGUUGCCACCUACGCUGCAGCAGUUUUGUUCCGUAUGUCAGAGGACAAACCCCAGGACUACAAGAAACGCCUCUCUGUAGAACUCACCAGCUCGCUCUUCAGGACGGAACCAAUGGCCUGGAAUGAGACCGGAGACCUGGGUUUGGACAUUGGAGCUCAGGGAGAGCCUCUGGGCUACAGACAGGAAGCUGUAUCAUGUGAUCUGGAUGAACCUGCAUCGUGAUUCGCCCAUAUGGAGGAGGCGGGGUUUCAGAAAGUGCCUGAAGACAACUCAACAACAGCAAGCAGUUUCCUGUCUAUGGGAACUCCAUUGGGACAAACUAGAUUGAAGUGCGGUUCUGUUCUCUCAGCCUGGCGGAGGGCUGACUUUAAAUCCUGACAUGAAACAUGGAUUUUGAUCUCAACAGUUUUGAAAAACCCUUAUGUGUCUUUGUUUCAUUUUUACUUCUUUUGGUUGUUUUACUUUUUUAUUGUUUUCCUCAAAUCUGUAAUGGUACAAACUGAUUCUAGCUUGCUUUUUUUCCCAUUAUUUUGAAUUAUGAUACUGAUCUCUUGUUUUUGCAGUCCCUUGUAUUUUAAGUCUCUGGUAGUGUUGAGUUUUUUUUUUUUUUGUUUUUUUUUUAGUGGUAAUGCUCCAUCCAAGUAAAGAAUCUGAUCACAUUUUAAAUGGUGUCCAAACACUAAAGUUAAUCAGUUGAAUUGUAUUCUGAUGAUCAAGUGUAACAUUGUGUAGCUUUUUGUAAAAAAAAAAAAAAAUGAAUUGGAAAUCAUGGUCCAAAUAUCAAGCUAUUUUCUUGCUUUAAAGGUGGACACUGGAUGUGUCUCUGCUGUUCCAAAGGGGGUGUAGCUGACCUAGCUGGAUGGAUGUGGCAGUGGCAGGACAGGGGUGGAGGGGGGGCUCUUAUUGGUCUGCUGUUACUAAGGGGUGGGGUAGUGGGAGGAGCUGGUUGCUGUAGCCUGCUGUGUUCUGAAACAAUAAAAUGGACUGUCAUUUCA